ACAAAACUCAAAUCACUUCAUAUAUAACCUAUAAAUUAUAAGUUUUUGUAUGUUGAAGAUUUUUGAAAAUUAAAUAAAUCAUGACAAAUACAUUACUUGAUAUUGAUGAUUCUCUACUACAUAAUAAUCUUCAGAUUGUAAAUAAACAAGAAGAUGAAUUGACGGAGUUACUUAAAACUUUUGAAAAACCAAAUAUUCCAUUUGAUAUAGUAAAACCAAUGCCAGGAGUUUGUGUAAAAUUACGAACAAAGACAGGCGAUAAAGGAUUUAUAAAUAUUUGUCACACAGAUAAAAUACCAGCUCCUAAAGAUAUUUCUGAUGAGACAUUAGUUAAUGUUGCAACAAGCGAUAAUCCUUCUUUUAUAAUUCCAAUGUCAAUUGGACAAGAAAAAUUUGAUGCUGAUAAAGGUGGUGCAUUAUGUCCUGCAUAUGAUAUUGCAAUAAAUACAAUAUUUUUUAAUAAAUGUCAGGAUAAUAAAAUUUUUAUGCUCUUUACAACUCAAGUAAUGAUUGAAGCAGUAAAUGACAAAUUUAACAAAACUUUUGAAUGCGACAAUUGUGUGAUACUCAAAAAUAGAAAGGUUAUUGGUACAUUACAACAACAUAGAAUCGAGAAACGUGAAGUAAGAAAACCUCAAUUACCAAAGAAACUAAUAGAAGAUGUAACAAGUAAUUCGAAAAAAAUUAAAUCAACAAUUGUCACGAAUAAAAAAAAUUUUGACUAUAUUAUUCUUCAAACUCCAACGAAGAGAAAACCAAAUAAAUUAAUUGGUCUAUUCAAAAUUCCUCUAAAGGCAUUUGAAAAUAUAACGGUAGAAAUUGGAGAAGAUCGAAUAAUUGUCGAGUCAAAAGAUUCAAAAUAUUUAAUUGACAUUUUUAUUCCUUAUUCUUUGAAUAAAGAAAAAGCUUAUGCUGAAUUAGAUCCUGAUUUAGGGAUUUUACGACUAAAUUUGCCAGUGAAGUGUUGAAAGGUUUGCAAGUGACAAUUACUUUUAAUUUAAUUUUAUUAGAUUUAUUUUCAUUAUCUUUGAGUUAAAUAAAACUUUAAAUACUAAAUUAUUUUUAAAAAAGCAUUUAAAGAAACGUUUCAUACAAUAUAUUUACAUAAAUAAAUGCAA